AUGGAAAUAGCACCUAAUACAGAAUGUAUAAAAGAAGGUGCCUGCAUGUUAUGUGAACGAAAAUUCUCACAUAAGAAGAAUUUAAAGAGUCAUAUGGAUACCGUUCAUUCUCGCAGAGUGCAGCGUUAUGAAUGUGAGCACUGUGAUAGGAAGUACACGGAGAAAAAAUAUCUACGUAAACACAACUACAGGACUCACUGCAAACAAGUAUGUACACACUGCAAUAAAGAGUAUGUUAAUCUCAGGCAGUUACCAUUAUGCAGAGAAAUCGAUGGGAUAAAGCAAUAUCAAUGUGAUGAAUGUGACUUGUAUUUUGAACCUCAGAAGAAAUCGCCAUUCACAUGUGAACAUUGUUGGAAAUCUGUAGGUGAUAAGACGGACCUUCAAGCUCAUUUAAAAAGAUGUAUAAUCAGUCAACAGAAAGAAACCUUUCCAUGCUCUCAUUGUGAGAAGGUAUACUCUUUUGAAUAUACUAGGAAUGCACAUGUCAAAAAGAUACAUUUGAACGUUGAUUGCACCGAGUGUGGACAGUUUUUCGACAAUACUGAACUUCGUAACCAACACCAAGCUCUCGAGCACAGUGUAUUGAAAUAUCAAUGCGAGUAUUGUAGCAAAGCGUUUGGUAUGAAAAUAUCAUUAGCAUGGCAUAUUAAAAAGCAUAAGCGUGAAAAACCAUAUCCGUGUGAUAUUUGUGGUAAAAUAUUCCUACAUAAAGAUAGAUUACAGAGUCAUUCUUUGUCUCAUAGCGAUAACAAAUCUGCUUUGUGUCAUGUGUGUGGUGUUGCAUUCAAGACUAACAAUGCUUUAAAUAGUCAUCAACGACGAAAACACAUCGAUCCUUCAACUUUAAAGAGAUAUCGAUGUCCCAAAUGUGGCAAAUCGUUCAUAUCUUUUAGUAAUAUGAAAAGGCAUCUGUGUGCAAUUCAUGAUAAGCUUAAGUUUUUAUGUGAUAUCUGUGGAAAAAGAUAUACAAGUUUGCUAUCAAUGAAACUCCACAGGAGAACUAUCCAUACUGAACCAAAUGCGCGGCCAAACAAAUGCCAUUUAUGUGACAAAACUUUUAAAACUAACCGAGCCGUGACGCUGCAUGUUAGGUCGGUACACGAAGGGGAGAGGAAGUAUGGUUGUUUCAGGUGUGAGAAACGAUUUUUCACAAAUACCAAACUGAAAAGACAUUUGGAAACCCACAAAGAGCAGGUGGAAUGUGAAAUGGUACAAGAAGUUAAUUGUGAAGUAGAAGUAGAUUGUGAAGUAGACAUGGUGCAGGUAGAUCCUGCGACAUUUUUAUCCGUUUUAUAA